AUGUUUCAGGCGUUUCCACUGCAGUACAAGAAGAUGACACGGCUUUUAGUGCCUUUCCUUAACCUUGGUGUCUGCGAAGUCUUGAACUGCCCCACUAGGGAUCAUAUGAGCUCCUUCACUGUUCAUAACACACGCAACUGUGGUGCCCACGUGGUCAUGACUGGAAGCAGCAACAGCAGCUUGGAAGCCGCCGCUUCACCAUCGAUCUCGUCUGUUCCGUUCAUGUCAGAGGUUGUGGCUGGCGGUUUGUGUGACAGCUUUACCGGAAAUCAGUGCUCUCGCUACGUUGGGAGCUAUCUUGCUCGUGCCCUUGGUAUGCACACUGUGCUGUCGGAAGGCACUGCCCAGCUCCGCCGCGAGUUAAAGGAUGACCCCAUUAUCGAUAUAAUGAUGUCUGCGCUAUAUUUGUGA